CGGCCCGGGUCACGUGACACGCGAAGCGCUCGCGGAAGACCGCCGAUCUAGAAAGCGCCACUCGGCACUGAUUCUGCAACAUCCCCUCGUCUCAACUGCUCCUCGAAGUCGCUGGCCAUGUCCACGGGCUCUGCUUACAACGAUGACAAAGGAGGUUCCUCCAGCCUGGGAGAACCCGAAUAUGGACACGAUCCGGCCAGUGGGGGGAUCUUUUCAUCCGAUUACAAAAGGCAUGAUGAUCUUAAAGAAAUGCUAGAUAGUAACAAGGAUUCCCUGAAGCUAGAAGCCAUGAAAAGAAUUGUAGCUAUGAUUGCCAGGGGAAAGAAUGCUUCUGACCUUUUCCCAGCUGUGGUCAAGAAUGUAGCCUGUAAAAAUAUUGAGGUAAAGAAAUUAGUGUAUGUGUAUUUAGUUAGAUAUGCAGAGGAGCAGCAAGACCUGGCUCUUCUUUCCAUUUCUACCUUCCAAAGAGGUUUAAAGGACCCCAACCAGCUGAUCCGCGCGAGUGCUUUGCGGGUUUUGUCCAGUAUCAGAGUUACAAUCAUUGUUCCCAUCAUGAUGCUUGCAAUCAAGGAAGCAGCUUCUGAUAUGUCCCCUUAUGUACGAAAAACAGCUGCUCAUGCCAUCCCCAAACUUUACAGUUUGGAUCCUGAACAAAAGGAUCAGCUGAUAGAAGUUAUUGAGAAGCUGCUGGCAGAUAAAACAACGCUAGUAGCAGGCAGUGUUGUGAUGGCUUUUGAAGAAGUGUGUCCUGAACGGAUUGACCUGAUCCACAAGAAUUACCGGAAACUGUGUAAUUUACUUAUCGAUGUUGAAGAGUGGGGACAGGUAGUCAUUAUCAACAUGCUGACUCGUUAUGCCAGAACUCAGUUCCUCAAUCCUAACCAAAAUGAGUCCCUCCUAGGGGAGUCUGCAGAAAAAGCUUUCUAUGGAUCAGAUGAGGAAGAAGGGAAAGAAGAUAAAGAAGAAGCAGCUGUUCUGGUCAAGAGGAAGCCAUAUGUGAUGGAUCCUGACCACCGACUGCUCUUACGUAACACUAAGCCUCUGCUACAGAGCAGAAAUGCAGCUGUGGUGAUGGCUGUUGCCCAGCUGUAUUUUCACCUUGCUCCAAAAGCCGAGGUUGGUGUCAUUGCUAAGGCUUUGGUUCGACUCAUGAGGAGUCACAGUGAAGUCCAGUUUGUUGUCCUGCAAAAUGUGGCCACCAUGUCCAUCAAACGAAGGGGUAUGUUUGAGCCUUAUUUAAAGAGCUUUUACAUUCGAUCAACUGACCCAACACAGAUAAAAGUGCUAAAGUUGGAGGUAUUGACAAACUUGGCCAACGAAACCAACAUCUCUACAAUUCUAAGGGAGUUUCAGACUUAUAUAAAAAGCAUGGAUAAGGACUUUGUUGCAGCCACUAUUCAGGCCAUUGGACGCUGUGCAACCAAUAUUGGAGAGGUUCGCGACACAUGUCUGAAUGGACUAGUGCAGCUGCUUUCUAACAGGGAUGAGUUGGUGGUUGCAGAAUCAGUCGUGGUGAUCAAGAAAUUAUUACAGAUGCAGCCUGCUCAGCACAGUGAUAUCAUCAAGCACAUGGCAAAGCUCACAGACAACAUUCAGGUACCAAUGGCAAGAGCUAGCAUACUGUGGCUAAUUGGGGAAUAUUGUGAACAUGUACCAAAAAUAGCACCUGAUGUUCUGCGGAAGAUGGCAAAAACCUUUACCAAUGAAGAAGAUAUUGUCAAACUGCAGAUACUCAACCUCGCUGCCAAGCUGUACCUAACUAACUUGAAACAGACCAAGCUCCUAGCUCAGUAUGUUCUCAACUUGGCCAAGUACGACCAGAACUAUGACAUCAGGGACAGAGCCCGCUUUAUUAGGCAGCUGAUUAUACCUUUAGACAAGGGGGGCAUCCUCAGUAAAUAUGCUAAGAAGCUCUUCCUCGCUUUAAAACCAGCACCUGUGUUGGAGUCACCAUUCAAAGACCGUGACCACUUCCAGCUGGGCUCACUCUCCCAUUUGCUUAAUGCCAAAGCUGUGGGUUAUCAAGAGUUACCUGACUGGCCAGAAAUGGCCCCUGAUCCUUCUGUUCGGAAUGUGGAGGUCCCAGAAUGGACAAAGUGCAGUUCGAGGGAGAAGCGUAAGGAGAAAAUGGAAAAACCAUUCUACUCAGAUUCUGAAGGAGAGUCUGGACCCACAGAGUCUGCAGACAGUGAGUCAGAGAUGGCCAGUGAAUCGGAAAGUGGAAGUGGAAGUGGAAGCAGCAAUGAAGAAAGUGGGUCGAGGUCUGACAGUGAAGACAGCAAUGAAACGGGGAAGGAGGAGAAGAAAACAAGGAAGAAAGUGAAGAAGGCAGUCCACGAAAGUGGUGAUAGUGAGCAGAGUGGAGAUGAUGAAGAGGAGAAAAAGAGCCAGAAAAAGAAAAAAGAACAUAAACCAAGCUCUGGGUCAUCAUCAGAAAAUGAAGAAGAAAGUUCAACUGAAAGCAGUGAGUCUGAGUCCGAGUCUGAAUCUGAAGAGUCAGAUGCUGACACAAAGAAGAAGAAAAAGUGUCCAGCUUCCAAACAGGUGUCUAAACAGCCAAAACCAGAGAAAAAGGAAAUUUCACUUCUUGACUUGGAUGACUUUAUACCUCCAGCCUCUCCCCAGGUAACCCCAGUGAACAACGUUGUAUCAAACAGCCUGGUUACCGACUUGGAAGGGCUUUCUCUCACUGAUUCUGCACUGUCACCCACAAUGAUAAGUCCAAAUUUUGGUUCUGUAAAGAUGUACAACUUGCUACAUCGAAUCACUGGAGAAGGCUUAUCAGUGGAGUAUUGCUUCAGUCGGCAACCUUUCAGCCCAGAUCCGCACAUGGUGGCCGUGCAGGUGCAGUUCUCCAACAACUCAGAGACAGAGGUCAAGAACGUCAGAAUAGAAGAGAUGAAGCUUAUGUCUGGAAUGAGAAUCCAAUCAUUUCCUGAGAUAGAGGUUUUGGCUCCUGGUGAGGCAGCAACUGUCGUUAUGGGAAUUGACUUCUGUGACUCAACUCAAGCUGCUAACUUCCAGCUCUGCACACACACUCGCAGCUUCUUUGUGUCUAUCCAGCCACCGGUUGGGGAACUUAUGAUUCCAGUAUUUAUGAGUGAGAACGAGUUCAAAAAAGAGCAAGGAUAUUUGAUGGGAAUGAAUGAAAUAUCAGAGAAAAUAACACUUGCAGAGAAAUCUCACAUUGAUUACGUGGUUGCUCAGAAAGUGACUUCGGCUGCAAAUCUGAGUCGGGUUCCCUGCGGAUCAGAUAAAGAGUUUAGAUUUGCUGCCAAGACAUUAUCUAGUGGAAGCCUAGUGCUUGUAACAGUGAUUACAAAAGAGGAGCGCACUGCACAAGUCACCGUGAACUGUGAGAAAAUGGUAAUUGGUACUAUGUUGGUGAAGGACAUUCUUCAGGCGAUAUCCCACUGAGAUGAAAAAAUGUGCCCUUUCCUCAGACAACUCCUGAAGUUAUCUCUGUUUUUGAGAAACUGCACCUUCACUCCAUCUCCCUUUUCAUGUCCUUCAGCCAAUCUGUCAUACUGAUGGUGCAUUGCUGCUGAGCCACAGAAACUCUGAUACAAAACAAUUUCAGCAUGAAUUUCUUUUACAAAUUAAAAUCCAGUUAAGUGGUGUUAAAAUGAUCAUGCUGCAUAAGAUGUUUCUCAAACCAAUUUAUUCUUAAAGACAUGCAUGUUAGGUUAAUGGAUAAGCUCACCCUGCAACUGUGAGUAAAGCAGUGUGUGUUAGUGGACUCUGCACUGGACUGCGACUCUGUCCAGGGUGUUUCCUGCCUAGUGUCUAGUAAUGCCCGGGCUGGCUCUGCCUCAAAUAACCCCAAAUCAGACUAAGUAGAGAUAUGAUGUUAUAUGUUACUUCUUGUGAAUCAAUCAAUGAGAUCAUGAGGAGGACAAAAUAAAAUCAGUUGCAGUUGGAAAGAAUGAGACAUGGAAUAAAGUAGAAGUCUUGUUGGCUAUUUCUUUACCCACAUUAUCUGCUAUCAUAUUAAUAAUAAUAUUUAACUGAUUUCAGGCUAUCGC